UGCCUGAUAAUGUAUAAUAAAUUAAUGUUAAAUAACAGUAAAGAAGAAACCAAGCAAGGGACUUCCUUGACUAAAGAUUUCAACUUACUCUCUCCUGCCUCUAGAAUCGUUGCACUCCAAUUGGUUAACUCUUACAGACUUUCCUUACAUCAGCUGAUGUAUAGAGGAAUUGAGAAAUUCAGUACGAAUGAGAGGCUACUGACAAUCUAUGCUCUUUCUCUCUUGAAGCCUGAAGUUGCUGAGUAUAGAAAUGGAAUCCUUCUCAAUCCUAACAAUUUGCUAGUCAACUCCAGAGAUAACCUCAGUUCUGCCACGUGAGUGAGAACUGAGACUUUGAAGAAUGGAAAAGUUGAAGAGACGAAAGAGAAGCUGGAGCAGGAUCUUGAGUUGGAAAAAGAGUCUAUCCUUGUCAAGUCUCUCCCUACUGGCCAUUUCUCACUGAAUAAUGGGCAUCCCAAGGUCUUUCUGAGAUUAGAGAAAGAGAAGACCUGCUUCAUGAUGAUAAAGAGUCAUUCAGUCUAUGAUGUUGUUGCUGGACUUCAGAAUGGCAUUUGGAGUUCAACAAUCAAAGGAAAUGACACACUAAGAGAUGCUUAUGAAGAGUUUGUAGUCAACAGAAAGGGCCAUGUCUACUUAUUCUUCAGUGUCAACAAGAGUGGCCAUCUCAGUGCAAUUGGAGAGCUAGUAUCCAACCAGAUUCAGGAGAUGCCGGAUAUCUGGCUUGAAAAACAAAAGUACUCCAGUUGCUUCUUGAUCAGGUUUAUCUUAGUCAAAAAUGUUCCCAUGAAGCUCUUCUCUCACCUGAACAAUGGUAGAGAUGUCCCACUUAGAAGAAGCAGGGAUACUGAUAGGAUUGGGUAUGAUGAAGGCCUGUUCAUCAUGAAGAACUUUAUCAAUCAUAAUACUUCUUCAAGUAUCUUGUUUGACUGCAAUCUGCUGAAUCAAUAUUCUUCGGAAGAGCAAAAGAAAAGUGAAGAGGAUCCUAAGGUACUUAAAGUUAUCAAGAAUAAGAACCUGAACCAGCUGACACCUCUAAAGACCAUGAAGCCGUUGAGCAGUUCUAGCCCAGCAUAUUCUCCUCCAAGUUCAAAGUCAACGCAGAAAGUUGUCUCAAAGCCACCUGCUAAAGAUGUUCAGCAUAACUUAGUGAGAACUUAUAGACCAGUUGAGAUGCUUCAGGAGCUACCUGCUAGACCUCAAGCUAGAAAGAUCAGCAACGAAAAGAGCAUGUUCUCCUAUGGAUACUACUCUGAAAGAUCCUUCUUCGGUAUUUACAGUGGUUAAUGCUUCAAUUUACUGAAAUAUAAA